UUUUUGCAGUUUUUUGUUUAUCAAUCAAUCGUGAAAAGUGAGGUUAAAGCUUAUCGUAAUCUAAUUUCCCAUGUGUUAGAAAGUUCGUGCAAUUGAUUAUUGAUCAUCAAUUACGGUUUAUAAAUGAAUCAAUUGUCAGUGAAUGCUCGAACUUCGUAAUUAUUCACGAUGACAUAGUGAUGGUGCUUGGCUAUUGCUAACUGGAGGAGACACACUAUGCACAUGGCCCUGAAGGAGGAUGCGGCGAUCCAUUUUACUGCGAAGAAUACUGCGGUACCCCAAAACUUGUAUCAUCACACUCCUGAUUCUCAGCUUCAUCAUUGGAUACAUAAUUUCUUAUUUCAACAUCAAAAUUCCAUUGCAGAGCAUAGAAGAAAAUCUAGUGAUAACAGCAUCAAUUGUACCAGACGAAGAUGAGCGAUGUCCGCUUAUGUCUAGAAUCAGCAACUCAUUGAGAGAAGUGACAUUGGAUGUAACUGAAUUUUCAAGAUUAGGAACCAUUUACAACUUGGAGCCGGGCGGAGCAUGGCACCCCAAACACUGUCACUCUCUGCACCAUGUUGCAAUAAUUGUUAGUUACAGGAAUCGACCUGAUCACCUGAAGACUUUCCUUGUAAACCUUCAUCCGUUCCUCCAGCGACAAAACUUGAGCUACCAAAUAUUUGUGGUGGAGCAAAACCUGCCGCAGAAGUUUAACCGAGCUAAAUUGUUUAACGUUGGUUACGUUGAGGCUCAAAAGCUGUCCCAAUUUAAAUGUGUAAUAUUCCAUGAUAUUGAUUUAAUCCCUGAAAAUCCCAACAAUAUUUACGCCUGCACCAAAAAACCGAGACACAUGAGUUCUAGUAUAGACAUUUAUGACUACCAAAAUCUAUAUUUUAGAUUAUUUGGCGGAGCGGUGGCAAUACUUCAAGAACAGUUCGAAAAGGUAAAUGGGUUUUCGAACUGUUAUUUUGGUUGGGGAGGCGAAGAUGAUGAUUUUUACGAGAGGGUGACUAGUUUGUACAGAAUAUGUCGGUUUGAGGACUACGUUUCCAGGUAUAAAAUGUUGAACCAUAAGAAAGAUACCAGGGAGGAUGAGAUACUGGAGCUUCUUUCGUCCAGUAGCUCAAGAAGAAAGACUGAUGGUCUUAAUUCUCUUAAUUACUCGCUCUUGUCCUUUGAUUUAUUUGAUUCAUAUACGAGAAUUUGGGUAAAUUUAUAAUUCACACUUACGAAUUCAUAGUGAUCUUAAAUAGAUUUGAAUGAUUUUGCCUCAAAAGAAUGUAUGAUUCUUAAGAGAAUUUUCCGUCCGCAGAUAACCCCAAAGAGACCUUUAACUUUGUUUGAUAUCAUUACCUUUGAGGUCAAGAAUAUUCACUUAUUUUCUGUGUCAAUUAAACUUUUUCAGAAAACCGAUUAUAUAGUUAGAUGACUUACUUUCUUAUUAUUCUUUCCGCACAAGGGCCAUUUCUGGCAGCCUGCCCGCCUGUAAUGGCCAUUGUACGCAAAGAAUAAUAAGAGAGUAAGUCAUCUAACUGUAUAAUCGGUUUUCAAAAAAAGUCUAAUUUAAACGGAAAAUAAGUGUUCAUAGUGCCGAAAAAGUGUCAAAAAUUGUGCAGUAUGCUACAACAUACAAGAAUAUUCAGUAAUUCACCUCUGCAUGCAUCAUUUAAAAAUUAACUAAGGUGGUUUCAACCAAGUGGUAGAUACUAAUCGUGUCCCUAUUUCCCCCUAGUUACAUUUUGUCUACUGACUUUCUUAAAAUCAGGUCAGUAAUGGAAUCUGAGGGACCAUCUCAGGGUUCUCAUGGUCGAUAAAUGCCAGUGUUCACUUCACUGGUGGAUAAUAUGAUCGAAACCAGAGCUAGUAAAGUGAAGAAUGAAAGUUGGCCAAAGUCAAUGAGAAUUACUACUUUAAACCUACUUAAGCUUCGAAAAGUAGUGAUCGAGGUACUACUAAGAGCAUUGCCUCAAUUGUUUCUUUUUUCCUAUUGUUAGUCAUUAUUUGAUGCUGAACAUUGAAGAGUUUACUUAAAUGUCUGCUGCUGCAUGUGAGCUACCUUUUCCUGAUUAACUGCUGUAGAGAAUGGAAAAUUGGAAAGUGUAGAAAGGAAGGGUAGCGAGUUGUUACUCAUGUGAAAAGAGGGGUGGGUGUGUUUCAUUCGGAGUGAUCACUGGAGAAUCAGUAGAAAUUCUCAAGUGGUGAAAUUAAGACUCCGUAAUCAGGCAUUGUUUGUAUAAGUGACUGUGAUAGUAACUUGCUUAUCGUUUCCUAUUGCUUAGAAUAAGAUUUUUACUACUUAAAAGGUUUUUUAGGGUAGAGUGGCGUAGCGAUAAUCAUGGACCAUUUAUAUUUUCCUAUUGGAAGCUUUGGUGAAGGAUUGAUUAUUACAUUGUCCGUUGCAAACACCCUGAUAAUCGAUCCAUUUCAAUAGUUUUGAAUGGCAGAUCCAUCAAUUCAUCACAAACCACAAUGCGCUUUAAUGGAAUACAACACACUUCGGGAUGAAAUCAAAGAUUACUAAUUUCAGGCAUACAAAGUUUUUCUCUUUUUUUUUGCAACUCAUUUCUUCAAAAUAGAACCAAGCAUGCCUCUUCACUGAAAGGCAACACAGAAAUUUGAGGAGCUCAAAAAAUACAAAGGCACCCACUACUUCCUUGAUCGCACCUAAGUCUCAUGAUAACCGCUUUUAUUGCGUAAGACUGACAACAGUUCUAACUAAAGAAAUGGCGAAUCAUCUCCUAAACCCCCGAAAUAAUUGUUUGUAUGUUACUCUUAGAAAAACAUGUGGUUUCAUUUUUAGUGGUUCAAUUGAACUAUAGUUUGUAUUAUUUUUAUUGUUCAACUUAUAUUGUUGAAUAAACUUGUUAAAUGUUA